AUGGGGGGAGCACGCAGCCGCCCGCAAGGCGAGGAGGUGCCCGAGCUGGGUCCCUACGCCCGCUGGGAGGAGCUGCCCCCUCUGCCCGUGGCCACGCCUCAUCAGCAGCAUCAGCAGCAUCAAGGUGGUGGCGAUGAAGCCCAGCACGCGGCCGCCAGCGACAGUGGUGGCGCAGCACGAGGAGGAGGAGGAGACGAGUGGAGCGUGUGCUGGGCCCAAUUCGCCCAACCGGCGGACGACCCGGCCCUGGAGCGGCAGCUGCUGCGGCAGGUGCACCGCCCGCGACCCGCCCGCGGGUGGACCGCCGCCGCCCAGUCCGUGUGCACGUUCCCGCCUCCCGGCACGGCGCACAUGUGGAAUGCACCCGUGAUGAUGACGGUGGCGGUGGCGACGCACGCGGAGCGCAUGGGCGACUGCUUCGAGGCCGUGCUCUAUGCCGAGGACUGCGCUAGCGUGGUCCUCACGCACGGGCGGGGCUUUGGGAUGGCGCCCUACGUGGCGGCCGGUAGAACGGCGAGGACCGUGACCAAGUCGCUCCGCCAGCAGCUGGGCCGCAUCGCCACCGUCAGGGAUGCCGGGCGAGCGCUCGAGACGGCAUUCGGAGAGGCGCACGAGAGCAUCAUCAAGGGCUACCCAGAGGUGUGGGAAGCGGGCACGUGCACGGUCGGGGCGGGCGUUCUGCUGCCGGUGGCCGGGCUCGACGAGGGCCUGCGCCGCAAGCUGCUGGCCAUGGAGGAGCACGCCCACCAACGCCAGUACCGCCGCCUGCAGCACUACCCCGACUCCGACGCCCUCCAGCUGGAACCCGACCAGCGAAAGCGAAAGCGAAAGGCGGUCCUCCACCCCAUGUCACCGGCUGGACGACGUCCACGGCCAGAAGCCCCAGAGGAGGAGGAGGAGGACAGCGGAGAGGAGCGCGAGGCGACGAUUGGUGGACACGGCCGAGAAGAAAGCGUGAGGAUGCUCCCCGACGACGUGCUCUUCCUCAUCUUCCGUUCCCUCGCCACGGACCUACCGGCCCUCGCCGCCGCCAAGCAGACCUGCCGGCGCUGGCACGCGGUGGCGUCGUCCGUGCGGAUGGCCGACCACCAGUACCUGUUCGUGUGCGGAGUCAUCGGGGAUGUGCGGGCCUACCACUACUCCCGUAAUCCUCCCGAAAUCCUGCCCCUCCUCCACGUGAUGGACAUCUGCCACACAUUUGACCAAUCCAUCGAAACGAUGGCGGCGGGGUCGAAGAACCAGGUGCUCGAAAUAACUGAGGGCGCCAGCCGCGACAUCACCGAUCCGCGCGACGCCGGCGGGUACCUGGGGCCCUACAGCGACCAGGGCAAGCCCGACCUCCGGAACAAGAACUACUGCGUGGUGCCGUGCGAGGAGGGGGACUUUGUGUUCCUGCUGUCCAACGGGGCGUGGCGCAACCUGCAGCCGUUCUACCUGCGCCACGACAUCACCGCGGCGGACCGGGAGGCCGACUACCCUUUCCUCGCCCAUUGCCCGCAUCACCGCACGUGGGCCGAGGUGCAGGGCGACCGCCUGCUCCACCCGUGGGACACCGCCGUCACCCUGCCGCUCCUCGCCCGCUGCCUCGCCCGCGCGGCCGCCGACGCGCAGGGCGGACUGUCGGCCGAGGCCAUCGUGCGUGCUUUCAUCGACCACGCCCAGCAGGCCACGCAACCCUGGAUAAUGGACAACCCUGGGCGCCGACUCGUGGGCUACGACCUGUGCGCCGGGUGGAUGGGGGAGGCCUCUUGUGUGUGCCUGGCCGUCGGCCGCCGCACCAGCGAUCCCUGA